AUGGCCGCGUCCGGCUUUCUCCCUCAUUCGCAAUCGCAAUCCUUUAGAUCCACAGCCGCGUCCACUCAGUCGCCAUAUCCGCUAUCUAUCGGUGCUAUUCACCAUUUCGAACGCGAUGCGACUACUAAAUCCGUCGGCAUGCCGUUCGGCGCAACUUCCUCUCCUGUCUCGUCCAUAUUGAUUCGCCGCUUGCCAGCCGGUACCACCGAAGAAAAGCUCAGCUUGAUGCUUCUCUUCUCGCAGGAGUUAGUUGACAUCGAAAUGCUUCCCGCAGAGCAAUCAGAAGAUCUAGGUUUUCGGUCUGCGAUUGUGAGAUUUAAGACGCCUACUGGAGCACAGCAGGCUAAGGAUAUGCUACACGGCAAGUCUAUAAGCUCGAACGACGUCGAUUUAAUUGUCGAGAUUGUGUCAGGUAGUCCUACCGCAUCUAGAAGAUACCCGAUUGAUGGUGCGAUCUCUGCCCCAUCUAGCGCCCCCUCCUCGACGACAUCUUCCGGCCAAGCCUCGCGUCAGUCAUCCAGAUUUAACGGUCCGUUUCAGUCUAUGGAUAACAUAUCACCACCCAUGAAUGGUAUAUACGGGGGCAACGAAUUACCGAACCCUGAGUCCAGUGCGCAUUACCAAAGCCUCUUCUCGCCGCAGUCGCCAAUCGGUAAUCACCUUACAGAACGCACGCGCAUCUCAGGCAAGACUCUUAUUAAUCACGAUGUUGCAGAGGACGACGAGACGCGCGAGCUCCUGAAAGAUCCGGUUGCUUAUGCUGAGAAUGGUGCAACGCAGCAACGAAGAGCUACGGCACCGCAACUACCUAUUGGUCGCAUGGCUAACUUAUCUCUGAAUACGGCAACAAGUGGCCCGACGUCUCUAUCGCAAUAUGGUCAUCCGAACAUGACUCCUUUGUCCGCGCACGGCAAUACUAUGUCUCCAACAGUCAUGAAUAGUGCGAGUCACUCAAUGAACUAUCAGAUGGGUAAUCAGCACUACCAGCGCCACAGCAACUUUCCGCCUGUGAAUCCUGCUGACCAGAACCCACCAUGCAAUACACUCUAUGUUGGUAAUCUUCCGAUUGAUACAUCUGAGGAAGAACUUAAAGCUAUGUUCUCUAAGCAACGGGGCUACAAGCGUCUUUGUUUCCGGACUAAGCAGAACGGCCCGAUGUGCUUUGUUGAAUUUGAAGAUGUAUCGUUUGCCACCAAGGCUCUACACGAAUUGUACGGUACACCACUCCAUAAUAGCAUCAAAGGAGGGAUUCGUCUUAGCUUCUCCAAGAAUCCCUUAGGGGUACGUUCUGGUCAGUCCCCAGGGCAGAAUAGUCCUAGUUCUUUAGCGGGUAUGAACGGGAUGAUGACGGGUCCCGGAAACGGCUUUACCAGUGCUAAUGGUCCUCCGCCGGGUCUUGCGGCCCCUCCUGGCCUAAACCGCACUGCUUACAAUGGCGGAUCAACGACCCCUAGUAGCACGAGCACGCCGUAUUCUUCGGCAACCUUCCCUAAUACAAACGGCAAUGUGUGGAAUAGCUCACUAUAUAGCGGACCGCUGUCGGCUGGUGGUGGUUCUUCUGCGGUCAACGGAACCCCAUCGACAUUCCCACCUUAUAUGAUGGGGCGAUAA